AUGGUGUUCCGACGAUCGGCGCGGGCGGCUACACGUACGGCUCAGCAGGCAGCAAACAGUACGGCAAAAAGGAGGUACUCCGAUUCCUCGACCAGUGAGGUGACCCUUAGCAAGCGCGUCAAAAGUCAAGCUGCAAGUCGUUCUGCAAAAAGAGUCGGUACAGAGAAGGAAUUGGGGCAGAAGACGAACCAAGACGAACAAAUCAGAACUAGCAAGAGUGAUAGUACCAAGGCAGACGAUGAAGCCGUGGCGGAGAAGAAGUGGAAGUCAUGGUCAGCCCACGCAACGACGACGCCGUACCCUGAUUUCGGCCAUCCUACACACCGCGAAUGCCAGACAGCAUACGAUAUGCUGUACAAACUACAUAACGACGCUGUGGAGGCUGAGAUAGACGAGCACACACCUGAAACAAUACCGUUCGUUCUAGAUGCCAUGUUUGUUGCAGUCCUCAGCCAAGCGACGAGUUGGAACAACGCAAAACGCGCCAUGGACAGCAUGAAGGAAACGUACGGCUCGGUAUUUGCAUAUGACAAGAUACAUGCUGGUGGACCAGGUAAAUUACAAGAGACUAUCCGCUGCGGCGGACUCCAUAUCAGGAAGACCAAGAUCAUCAUGUCCAUCUUGGAUGAAGUCAAGCGACGAUACGGGCACUGGAACUUAGACCAUCUCCUGGAAGCAAGUGACGAAGAUGCCAUGAAAGAGCUGAUGAGCUACAAGUACAUUGGCUCAAAGUCUGCUUUCGUCGUGAUGGGCUGGUGCUUGAAGAGAAAACGGUUCACUGUGGAUACGCAUGUCUAUCGCAUAGCUGGUUUGUGGGGCUGGAGACCGAAGGACGCCAAUCGUGAGAACACACAACUACACUUGGAUGCGGUAAUCCCAGCCGAUCUUAAGAUUAAACUCCACUUCUUUCUUAUACAGCACGGACGGACCUGUCCUGCCUGCCGCGGUGGAAGCAAAGAUACCACGGGCUGCGAGGCGCACAAGGUAAUAAAAAAGGAGCUCAAGCGAAAAUCGUAG